AUGCAACUUUAUACAGCAAUCAUUUUCAUGUGGUCACUCCCUCAAGGGGCCCUAUCCCACUAUAUCUUCCACCAAUUUCUCCAUAACGACACAAUAUUCACUCCUUUCAAGUACAUCCGCCCCGUCCCUGCUGAAACGCCACUUCACAUCACCGACAAGAACGACAUUCGAUGUAACCGAGCAGGGGCCAAUGGACAGUCAACAAAUGUCUUGACAAUCACAGCAGGCGACACCGUGGGGUUCAAGCCUACAUUUUGGAUCCAUCAUCCCGGGGCAUACGCUGCUUACCUCUCUGCCGUCCCUCCAGGAAAAACCAUCUCCAAUUACGCGGGUGACGGUGACUGGUUCAAGAUUUGGGAGUUUGGAACAUACCCCAACCUCACAGCAGAGUCGGCAUAUCAACAAACUUGGCGAUUGCUUGCAGACCCACUGACAUUCCAAAUCCCAACGGCCACCCCACCGGGGAAGUAUUUGCUACGAUUUGAGCAUGUGGCACUGCAUCUGGCCAGCCAGAGAGGUGGAGCCGAGUUCUACCCUUCUUGUGCCCACGUUGAAGUGCUGAACGCUGGGUGGAAGAGCACCGGUCUUAGCCCAGGACCGACAGCACGGUUCCCCGAGGCACACGAGGCAGAAGAACACGGCAAGUUGGUGUUCAAUAUAUGGGACUUUGAUGACGUUCAACAGCUCAACAGCAGGAAGAUGCCUGGCCCGCAAGUGUGGGAUGGCCGCUGA